AUGGCGACGGCGGAUCAGCGCGAACCGCGCGAGAAGCUCGACAAGCAACUCGACAAGCAACUUGACAAGCUCCCCUUCGACAAGAAGAAGCUGAAGCAGGAGUUUGACCUGUCCCACUUCGACUUGAACCAGAUCUUACGCGGCAUCCAGCUGACGCUGGUCGGCGCCCACCGAGCUCUCCAGAACCCGGCCUUGUUCACCUCGGACCACUACCGCCAGGCCGGCAUCGCCGUGCUGAGUGGUCUCGCCAUUCGCCUCGUCAUCUCAAUUCCCAUCGUUGGCGUCAGGGUGUUUCUCUGGAUUCUUUCGCUGUUUCUGAGCUUGGAUCAUGUUACCUGGGACGAUCAAAUCGUUGGGGGGCUUAACUUCAUUGAGGAGUAUGUCUUGCAAGUGCCAUUCUUCCUAAUGGCCCUGAUGCGCUACGUCACGCCAACCCUGGACAACAUGUUCAUGGACUCGUUGAACUGGGUCGACAAGACGUAUGUUCAGAAGCACAAGAACGAGGACCCCGAUAAGCUACGAGACAUGUACUAUCCCAACCUGAGAAUGUACAAGGUUAGCGACGGCAGCACCCACUCCACGAGCACUGCCGAGGCCAUUAGCAUGUUCUUGUACCGAUUCGCUCGAAAAGGCGCCAUCUCCCUCGCCGUUUUCGCUCUGUCCUACCUCCCCGUCGUCGGCCGGUUCGUGCUGCCUGCAGCCAGUUUCUAUACAUUCAAUAAUGCGGUCGGUCUCGGACCCGCCUCGCUCAUCUUUGGCAUGGGCAUUCUCUUGCCCAAACGCUACAUCGUCAUCUUCCUGCAGAGCUACUUCGCCUCGAGGAGUCUGAUGAGAGAGCUUCUGGAGCCCUAUUUCGCCCGCGUACACUUCACCAAGGAACAGAAGAAGAACUGGUUCCGCAAUCGUGAGGGGCUCCUGUUCGGUUUCGCCAUCGGCUUUUACACCCUGAUCAAGAUCCCUCUCGUUGGAGUCUUGAUUUAUGGCAUUGCCGAGGCGUCCACGGCCUACCUGAUCACCAAGAUCACGGAUCCUCCCCCGCCUCCCGCCGAGAAAGCCGCUUUUGCCGAGAGCCAACAGGAGUGGUCCAACAAGCACGAGUUCCUCAACCUGUCGCUCAGCGACCUUGAUGCCAUUCAUCUCAAGUCUCGCCCAUCGAAUGCAACGGGAGACGCCCAAAAACACCAGUAA